CAGAACCCUGCUGUGAGCAGCCACCUCUCCCUGGUGACAGGCAGCCGGAAAAAGCUUCAUGAAAUAUUCACUGUGCUGCCCUAGUCCCCUGGCUCUUGGCUUUAUGGAGCUCCCGGUGCUGGUUGUGCAGCCACCAGCUGGCUCUUCCCCCUCUCCCUGGGCUGUGGCUUUAAUAGCCUCAGAGGUUCUGAAGUGCCUGAAAUAGCCUUCUCCCCUUGCCCAGGGGAUCUGUGGCUCCUUGCCUGGCAGGCACGACAGACGCAUGCUCUUUGCCUCCAUUACAGCAAAAGCUUGCAGUUGCUGUUGAAGGGUAAAAGACUGCAUGACAGGGAUCUGUGGCCACUAGCAAGAAAAAUAUUGUGAAGCUUCUGGGUUCUGCUUUAUACCUUUGCGUCCAUGACUGGGUGGGGGUUAAGAACUGGCCUGCCAGCAAAGCUCUUCCUGUGUGUGUGAGCACAGAUCUGCCCACAAUUGCAUUUCCGCUGUGCUGUUCCCUUCGACAAGAAGCGAUGUUAUUUCAGUUAGUUUUGAAAGGGCGGGUUUGCAGAGGCCAUGUAACCUGCUGCAGCUGGCUAGCACCGGUCAAACUGCUCCUGUCUGCUUUUGCUGACUCUGCUCUUUGCUCCAGCACCGUCUCCGCUUGGACCCUGAGGAGUGGCAGUUUUGGUGUUAGAGUAUGCAUCUUCUGGGUCAGUUUUGAGGCCAGCUGGUUGGAUACUACAGCGAGCAGGGCGCACGGAGAGGUGGCAGCGUAGUGUGUCAUCUGGCAGAGAGAGUGGGGUGGACAUCAGACUGGUUUGCUGUUUUGUGGCUGCUGUUCCAGCAAGAAGCUGCAGUUUGGCUCCAGGCUGAAGCAAAGAAACUUAACCACUGGUGGUAUGAGGGAUGUUGUGCCGGAAGCGUGCUCGGGUGGUCGUGGCCUUGUGCCUCCUGCUCUUUCUAUGGCAGUAUUUCCGAGCCCCCACGGCUGGCAUUGGCCACUUCUUCUGGUCUCCAUCUCUCCUUGACGUCCGCCUGCAGCCCCACUGCACUGUCAGCGUCAACAGCUCAGCCUGGUUUAACACCCGCUACGACGCAGCCGUGGGGCCCCUGCUGACGGUGCGAGCCCAGAACCUCUCCUCCGAUGUUAUUCACUGGUGGCUGAAGCUGCAGAGCUCCCCGAGCGGAGCCCAGCUCCAGGCGACAAUUCAGCACCUCUUCGCUGUUCUCCCAUCCCCAACCAGCAGCACAUGGGAUGCAUCCCAGUGCAGGACUUGCGCUGUGGUGGGAAAUUCGGGGAGGCUGAAAGGAUCCCACCAUGGGCCACGGAUCGACUCCCAUGACUGGGUCCUGAGGAUGAACAGAGCAAAGACAGCAGGCUUCGAGGUGGACGUCGGCAUGAGAACAACCCAUCACUUCAUGUACCCAGAAAGCGCAAUGAAUCUCUGGCCUGGUGUCCACCUCGUCCUUGUCCCCUUUAAGCCACUGGACCUGAAGUGGGUGGCCAGCGCCUUUUCCACAGGAGAACUCACACACACAUACAUGAGAGUCAGACAGUUCAUCAAAGCUGACAAAAACAAGGUGCUGAUCCUGAGCCCUGCUUUUCUCAAGUACAUUCAUGACAACUGGACACAGCGCCACGGGAAGUACCCCUCCACUGGCUUCACCACGCUGCUCUUUGCCUUGCACGCCUGCCAGCAGGUCUCUGUGUUUGGCUUUGGAGCAGACACCAAAGGGAACUGGCAUCACUACUGGGAAGAAAACCGCUACUCUGGAGCCUUCCGCAGGACAAAGGUCCACGAUGCUGAUGUUGAAUUCAGCAUCAUCAAGAGACUGGCAGCUGAAGGCAGGAUUUUUUUCUACGAAUGACAUAUUUCCAAGAAAGGGAGGCCAGGGUGUUAGCACAAGAACUGGCAGACACCUGCACGUGCUGACAGCUGCAUCAGCUCUUUACCUUGCUUCUCCCACCAGCGCUGCUGCAUGCCAGUAGCCCUCAGGCCUCAACUUCCACUGGUUUGUUCCUGCCACCUUCCCAGCUUGCCGCUUCGGGGCUGAUUGUGCUGGUCCCACCAGCUCGGUACUGCAGACAGAGAGGAGCAUGAGCUGUUGCAGCAGCUUAGUUUAGCCUAGGAUAUGUUUGCUAUAGUUCCUGCUUCUUCACCAAAGACGACACCAAGAGUAAGGAGCUGAGGCGAACCCCCGGCUUCUGGAGUCCUAAAAUUGGAUGAGUUACAACCCAGUGGCCAUGAGCGUAACUGCGGACACAUUCAAGUAGAUGGGAGAGUUAUGCUACGCCUGAGCUAGUUGUUGUUGCAGAGGGAAAAGUGCACAGAAAGAAGGGCACAAACUCAAACUCGGGGGCUCCG